GUGUUUUUUCAACGGGUCCGGGCUCUUUCGGUGCCAGUGUGCUUGAUCCUGUCCAUCAGCCGGCCCGUACACCUGUUAUACACCAUUGCCAGCCAACUAAACAUCGUAAGCCGAGCGGGUGGGUGGACGUCCUCCGCGGAGGAGGAUCAGGAUGGACGUGGAGACUGUGGGUGUGUGCUCCAUCAUCUUUGUGGUCUCGGCCGUGGUUGUCUACCUCAUCUCCGUCUUUGGAACCCGGGAGACCUCCUUUGAGGAGGCGCUCGAGGAGAAGCGGAGGAGGGCACAGGAGGAAGCAGCCGCUGCCACCAGUAAGGCCGCGCAACGGCACAGAGAUCCGAGUAAAAAAGUGAAAAACAAGUGGGGCAGUCGAUCAAAGGCAAAGGAUGUGGCCCACGCUGAACACGUUGACUUCAAGGAAGAGGCUGAGGUUGUCCUCAUACCUGAGCUGGAACAAGAGGUAGAGCUUGGUCCUCGCCUUAGACAGCAGACGGCUCCGCUUAAGCCCAUAUUGGUGCACAAGACGGAACACAAGACCCAUCCGGAACCGGUGGAGGAGACAACCCAGACAACCUCACCCAAGAGCGGUCGUAGAAAUUCCUUCAGGGACACCGUUCCCAAGGAUGAGAUUGAGCUGAAGCACCUGCAGGAGCAGCAGGAAAUGCCAGCUGCCGAGGUAGCCAAACCUUUGCCCAAGGUUGCCCCUGUGACGGCUGUGGUUGCACCUGUGACAGCGCCAGCACAGCCUGUGGUGCCUAAGACAUCACCUCAGCGCAGUGCCGCCACCAAGAAGAAAGCCACAAAGCCACUGUCAGAGGUUGAUGUUGCUGGCGGUGAUGGUAAAGACCUGUCUGCGAUGGAGAUCUUGGCAUUGGUCCGACGCAGCACGCGUCUCAAUGAGGCAGAAGAGGUUCAGAGCCUCGUGGAUGAACUCCUAGAGCGGGCUCAAGGGGGUGGAGCCAACAGCUGGACCAAGAGGGGGAAGGAUCCAGAGGCGGAGCUCAAGAAGCAGCUGGCAGAACGUGAAAAGGAGCUGGAAGCUCAACGCCAGCACGUGCAGUCGCAUGCCACCAAAGUGAAGGAAUUACGCCAAGAGCUCAACCAGCAACUCACCAGGGCAGCGCAGCUGGAGAGGACGCUCAAGGCCCACACGGAAGUGAUAGAGAAGAACAACAAGGCUGCGGAACGACUCAGAGAGGACGCCCGUCAGAUGCAGCAGAAGGUGUUGCGGUUAGAAGCGGAGUUGUCCCAGGCUACGACUGCGAGCCUGGAAGCUGCAAAGAGCCACCAAGCAGAAUUGGAGUCUAUCCGUCGACAGGAGCUGGAAGCUGCUGAGGGAGCCGAGGCUCUGACCCAGGCCCAGGCCCGUAUUGCCACAUUAGAAACCACUUGCCAGGAAUUGAGAAGCAAACUUGAAGAAGAAGAAGCUGCUCUGGCUGCAUCGCGCGUUGCAUCUGAAAACAAAGUUAAAGAGCUGUGCAAGGUUCACCAAGCAGAACUGGAGGCAGAGAAAGAGGAGAGGAAGCGACAAUUGGCAACCCUGGAACAACGGGCGGAAGAACUCAACCAAUUGGCUCAGGAGAGGUCACGCUUGGCCAAUGACCUGCAGGCACGCAUCGAUGACAUGGCAUCUGCGCACAGCAGGGAGUUGAAGGAAGUGACUCGUCGGCACACGGAGGCAGAGGCUUCUGCGGAAGAAACGCACAAGCAGGUGCUGGCGGAGAAAGAGGCGAAAUUCCAGGAACUCCACAAGGAGCUGGAAGCGCAACGUGCCAAGAACAAUGACCUGCGGACAAAGAACUGGGAGGUUGUGGAAGCCCUGCAGGCUGCUGAACGAAAAGCCCAGGCUCAGACUCAAGUGCAGCAGCAGAAUGCUCUCGAUAUUGAGGCAUUAAAGAAGGAACACGUGUUGGAAGUGCAGAGUCUGCAGAAGCGCUUGGCAUCCGAACAGGAGCUUAAAGAAAGAGCCCUCUUGGAAAGGCUACUACCAAAGAUCAAGGUGGAAAGUGGCGCGGAACUGGGUCACACUGAGUGGGUGGCACGCUUUGAGAAGGAGCUUCAGAAUGUUCUGCAUCACCAGGAGAAGAAGUCUGUGAGUGCUCACGGAGACACCAACGGAUCUUUCUCUCCCCCUUCGGAUGACACAAAGCGAUUGCAAGAGAUGACGCAAGCCAACGCCAAGCUUCACUCCGAGGUGUGCCACUACCAGAAGGUAUUGGCAGAGACAGAAGAGAUGCUGCAUAGCCUGCAGAGCUCUGUGGAGAGGGAAGAAGUGGGCUGGAGAGAAAGGGAACAGGCACACCACAAGGAAGCGCAGAAGUGGAAGGCUGACCUCUCCAAGUUGGAGAAAGAGAUGCAAGCCCUGCUGGCCAAAAAUGCCUCCUUGGAGACCAGCCUCAGGGAACUCCAAGGAAUUCAGGAGACAACAGCGGAGGUAUGUGGCGUGCAAUUUGCUUAUGGCUGCGUUGAACGAACACUUCCAACCAUUCUGGAUGAGAUGCAGGCUAAAUUGAAGGAAUUGCAACAGAAGCUGCAAGAAGAAGAAACGGAAAAGAAGAUUCUGGAACAGAAAUACGAUGAGGCGAGCAAAAAUGCGAGAAGUAUGCAGUCUCACUUGGAAGGCAGAGUUCGUGAGCUGGAAGAGCUGAAACCCUGCAAGGACGAUUCGGAACGUCUCCAGAAUGAACUGCACUCUGUGCGCAACGAGCUGGAGAAAGAGCGCAGCAAAAGCCACGAGCUCCUGGAGCGGCUCCAGGGUUUGCAGUUGAAUCAAUCCCAAAAUAAGGGACAGGGUGCAUCAUCUUUGCCUAGUAGUCCCAAGGUGUCUUCCACAAAUGGUCCUUCGAGGGAUGUUGCUCCACAGGACUCUCCCUCACCCACACCUUCCACAGAAAAGGAGAAGGAGGACAAGGCGGACACUAAGGACAGCAUCGCCGACGAUAACCCUGCUUCUAAACCGCCUAACAAAUCUAAGAAACGAGUGAGGCUGUUGCAGUUUGCUGCGUCCGCUUCUCCGGUGUUUGCUGCCUUUGCAAGCUUGUAACAAACAAACAAACACAGACACGGAGCAUCCAGCAAGAAGUGACACAUUCCCGGGGACGACAGUUUCUCUUCCGCCUUUUUUUUUUCCCUCUUCUCUAUAGCAAGAAAAAAAAAAGGAUGUGCGCUCGUGGAGCAAAAAGACUUUCGACGUAACCUCGGAAACGGCGUGUAGUUGGGCCUUGAAUUCCGGGAAAGGACAAAGUGACUUUUUCUUUUGUCUCGCUUUUUUUUUUUUUCUCCGGAGAACUCUUUAUUCUCCCUGAGGGCCAGUUUAUUAUAUUUUUCGUCUAUCUAUCUCUGUAGGUUGAAUGGCUUUAUUAAAAACAAUGUUGGCAAGA